UUGUGUGUCUUUCCAUCUACGCAGAAGCGGAUGGGUACUACUCAGUAGACAACCAGCAUUUGGGCGUCGGCACUGGGUCUCUCUCAGCCGCUGCUACCAUGGCCCCUCCAGCACUCGCAGAGCCCUAUAUCAGUGGCGCGGAGGGGCAAUGGAUUCCCCAGAUGGGAACCCCUCCCCCCACGCUGCUGAAAGCGGGUCACCCGAUGCAGGGGCCUCCACAGCUAUCAGGCUACAGCCUGCCAACCGGUCCCAUGCUCCCUCUGCCUAUGCCAGAGCCAGGGGUGCAGCACGUGGGGCUCGCAGACGCUCCACCCCCUUCCAGCAUCCACCACCUCCACCACCAGCAGCAGCAUCAGCAGCACCACCAGGAGCCAGGCCCCGUCCCCUUCCAAGGAGGCUACUCUGACUAUCCUGCAGCUGGAGGAGGAGGAGGAGGAGGAGGAGGGGAUCCCUCACUCAGCUCGCCUCCCACAGAGGCCCAAGGCCCACUUAGAGGUUUGGGGCUAUCGUCUGGACCGCCUAUGGUGCCUGACUACACGUCUCAUCCUGGAGGGGGCAGUGAUCUGGCAGAGCAGAACCGAAUGCUGACCGCACCAGAGCCGUACGCCAACCGGCCGCCACAGCCCAGUGCCCAAUCAGACAAAGGCUCCAAGUCUGGCUGGUUUAGUGGCUGGUUCGGCUCAAAAGUGAAGAACUCGCAGAUUGAGACAAGCAACGUUGCACCACCCCCUGCCCCUCUCCAGGAGCCAACCAGCAGUCCUCCAUUAUUUCCCCAGCCUUCCAGACCACGACAGAUUCCCCCUCCGUCUACUGGUGUCAACCCCUUUUCCCGACGAGCCAGUCAGCAACAGCCGGUGGUCCAUAUGGCACAGAACCAAGUGCCCAUGCCACAGACAUUACAAGGGAGUGCAGACGGCGCGCCUAUGUAAAAUGACCCUGGGACGUCUGAGUUUCACCGAAAUACAAUGCAGGGCCCCUGAACGUGGUGAGGAGGACUGGAGGACUGUCUGAAAGAGGCUCUUAGGUUGGAGAAGGGGAGACAAGGACCUCAGGGAUGCCAUAGCACAUAUGCUCAUUUGAAGAACAUUUCAGAGGUGGAUGCCUGAUGGGAAGUGAUGCACAUGAUUGUGCAAUGCAACCGGACAAUUCUUGGCAAUAUAAACCAACAAGUCCCUCGCUCUUACUGAAGGCCCCAUUUGUUGUUUUCAAGCCUUUGGACACAAGUCACAGCUGGACUCAGGACAGAGUUAGAUGGGGUCAAUGUGGGAUGGGGAAGGCGGUGAGCGGGGUGGCAGAGUGGAAGGAUUGGGCAUAGGUGGGGGGGGGUUUCUGGAUGGGAGGAGUGCCGGGUAUGGGGGUACUAGAUGGGAUUGGGCUUUUACGUAAGGAUUUUUGGCUAGGCCGAUGCUGGUUGAGUGUGUACAACAGCUGAAGUGCUGCGUUUUUUUUGCGGCUGGCUGACUGUGGAACACCGGGGGGAGACAGAGUCUAGAGGAGAGGAGUAGUGGAGUAGUAGCCUGAUUAUCAUCAAGUUUCAAAUCUCAAAAUCAAGACUUGGUCUGACUAAGAACUUUGUUUCAAAUCAAGACUUGGUCUGACUAAGAGCAUAACAAUUAACAUUUCCCAAACGGCAUGGUUGACCUGCCUCCCUUGGUUUGCUAAUGGUAGUUUGCUUCCAUACAAAAUGGCAGGAGUUCCCGAUUUUUCGGGAGCUCAGGAAGUAUUUGCAUUGCUUGUAUUUGACCUGACUAGUAACAACGCUGAAGGUGUUGCAUCACUUUGAGGGCACGGCCUGGCUGGUGGAGUAGUGGAGCGCAGAGGAGAUGAGUAGUGGGGACUGACAGAGAGUGUUUGGUGGAGAUGGGGGAUGGGAGGUGUUGGGUGUCAAAAGUGAGAGGCGGGAAGAGACCCGGGUGGAAGGAAGGAGGAAGGUGUCCGCGACUCACAUGUAGACGCAAUCUGGGUGGAGUAAGAGUUACUGGGUGGGUACACCAGAAACGAACUAAGCUAAUGAGUAGCCAAGGUUGUUGAAGAAGUUUCGCCUUGAAUUUGCUGCGUUUGCUCUGGACGAGACUUUGACAUGUUUGAUUUAGCUAAUCACAACGACUCUGGCUUGUCAGCCUUGAACAUUCGAAUAUAUGAACAUUCAAAUUGGUUUUCGCCAAACUGCAUCAUAGCUCAUUACCAUAAUAUGCGGUGACUAUACAAAUACAGUUUAUUACGGUUCCUCUGCCAAGGAGGUUAUGUUUUUGGUCGCGUUGGUUUGUCUGUCUGUUUGUCAGCAGUAUAACUCAAAAACUAAUGAACGGAUUUGGAUAAAACUUUCUGGAGUUGUUGGAAAUGACCAAAGGAACCAAAUUUUGGUGGUGAUCCGGUUCAUGAACCGGACCAGAUUCUUCAGCAUUGCCAGCCUUGAAAUCUAGACACCCCUAGUGACCGCAAAUUGAAUUGUGGGACAGGGCGAAUUUUGACAUUCCAGUUUUUUAACUCCACAAAAAGAAAGCAGAAAGACUUGAAAUACUUUAUAAAAGGGUGUAACAUAGUCAAAUGUUCUAUUAAACAGCUUCCUUGGCCGAGGUCUGCACUCUCUGAGUGCAUUUCUAGUUGUUAUUACUUUUAAUAGCUGAAAUUCGCUCUGGUCGCCCAAGUCGCUUUGCUCCCGGCCAAUUAGCUUCGGACACUCUAUUCGCAGAACCUCCAUAGAGAAAUAAUGAAUUGCGGUGCGUAGGUUGCUUUUGAUGCGCGCACACACAGUUAUGGGGCAGUGGGGGAGCUGCUUUGGCCGCUUGUGAGAGGAAUGGGGAAGGUGUUGGGUGUCGAAAUGGGGAAAGCGGGUAGAGAGGAAGGCGCCUCCAGCUCACAUGUAGGCAGGGAUCUGGGUGGACUUCCAGUUGGAGGGCAGUAGGGGAGUUGGUUAACAGCCAGAGUGGCAGGCUGGUAGGAUGUGGGUGGGGUUUCAGUUUAGGGGGCAGUGGGGGAGUUGAGUUUGGCAGCGCUGGUGACAUGCUUGAUGAAUCACAACAGCCUCCUCCUUAGUGAAGCUGCAUGUUCUUUUGUGUUUUGCUGCAUCAGCGAACAGCAUUUCAGCAGCAUAAACACUUCGGCCGGACCAGAAUACCCUGUGUAGCAUUCUUGAUCUGGGAGUAACUGCACUGCUGAGACGCAACGCGGGGCCAAGAGGGUGCAGGUUUCAGGGGCUCUGAGGGGGAGAGGAGUGGAAAGGAGAAGUGGCUAGGUCUUCUAUGCAAGGGUGUUUGGUGACAGACUUGGCUUUGCUGCACACUCCACCAGUGACAAGUGUCAAUUUCCAAUUACACAUUCUCUUCAUAGCACAAUCUGCCUGACGACUUUCACCAAUUCCCCAUGAUUGCCCUUUUUUCCCCGUCCAGAUUAUAGAAAUUUUGUCGCGUCAUUCUCUGAUUUGUACUCCCACCGACUACCACCAGGCCCUAAAAUGCCACGUCGUCAUUGAAAUGACAUCAGGUCCAAUUGUUCAAGCACUCCUCAGAGUUGAUAUUAGGCAGACUUAUAGAUUGUUAAAACUGUAAAUAUGAACAUUACUGCUACAUGAUAAUUGUAAUAUUUGACUUGAAAGUGGUUAAUACAUGUAUCUCUUAUAAUAUAACUCUUAGAGCGUCAUUGCACCUUUUAAAUAUGCUAUUUUCCCACCUUUCCUUGAGUAAAUGAGUUUGACUUUUAUCUUGUUCCUUCAGCCGUGGGAUAUUACUUCUAGUUAGCAAUUAUCAUUGAAUCAUAUUGGACCAGCUACCGGUAGCUGCUAGCUGGUCUCAUGCGAUUCAAUGAUAUAUGCUAGCUUGUUGUACAUGUAUGUAGAGUUUGCGUUGCCAGACCCAGAGAACAGCUGGAAGAACAGGAGAAAGGAAAGGUAAAGGUCAGUUAUUUAACUCAAGGGGAGGAGGCAGAUUAGCUUAUUUCUUGAAAUGGUGGCAUGUUUUAGGUUUUAGGUAAAGGUCUUAUUUACAGUAUGCCAAUUUUGGUUUUACUAAUAAUAUAAUUGAACAGUAUAUUCAAAAGUACUGUUGUGUUAUUUCACACGAGUUUGACAAAGCCUAAUUCUGUUAUGGUCAGUCAUUCAUCAUUGUUGAUCAUGUCCCAUGGCUUGUUACCACUUAAUGCCUCUCUCCAUGAUCGUAAAGGCACUUUAUUAGAAAACAGAGAUCGAAAAUUGUGGUAUUUGGGAAGUGUGUUAGAGAUAGGACUGUGGUGUAAUUAUCAGUAUACUUACAGUAAGGCCAGAUCCACACUAGAGCGUGGCGGGACGGCAGCGAGAAGACGGCUGUCUUUCUGCCUAGUAUCGGGCGGUGUGUUCUACGCUGCCUUUCACACCGACAGCGUCGGCGUGCGUGGCCAGUCCGGUUCAAAAUCCCCCCCAUAGCCAAUGCUAGUUUGCUGCGUUGCCAUUCAUUUCAAUGGGACACCGCCGCCGUCCAAAAUUCGCUCGAGUUCUAUUUUCCACAUGCAGCACAGAGCAGAGCCGUCUCCCGUGCUGCUACCGCCCGACUACCGUCGUGUGGAAGGACAGAUAUGUUUCCAUAUAUUUUCCCCACUGCCGGUAAAAAUCGCUUCCGUCCCGCCCUGCUUCCCCGCUCUGGUCUGAAAUAGGCCUAAGUAUACUGAGAAACACGGCUUGUAAACUUAUUACAUGAAGCUUAAUAAUUUCAUGUAAAGUGAUAGUUAUUACUGUGCAUUUCUAUCCGUAUCCUUAUCAUUCUGACAACAAUCACACACUUUUUUUGUGAAGCACUUUGUAAAUUAAUUGAUAGAAUCAUACGUACAGUUAAGUACAGUUAAGUAGCAGACAAACAAAAAGGGAACAUUGUAUUCACAAAAUGGAGUGUAUAUAUUUUGUAAUAAUGACUUUUGAACAUAUGUUAUUUUAAGUUGGUCACUCCAGCUGCCUUUAUACGUAUCUACAUGUAUAUUCCUGUGUUGUUCUUUUUGCCUUACAGAAACAAAAUAUUUAUGAGUGUGUGCCACAUUGUUGUUCCAUAACUAUAUUUUAUGCAAAUGGGAACAAUCACCUUAAAGGUGCACUGUGUAAUAUUGUUAGUAGUGUAGUUUCCAGAACUAAUGUGGCCCAUUUACAAAUGUUACCUCUUUCACAAAUUCUUACCACCACCAUAAAAUUCUAAGUAUACAUUAUGACUGGGAAAAUUGCACUUUUCAUUCAUGAAAAGGUGGAUCUUUUCCAGAAAUGUUGCAGACAUUGUAGCUAUAUUUAGAUAAUAUUAGUUAUAUUAGGACAAGGAGGUGGUCAGUCGGAUAGAUGCGAGUAAAUGGGGUUAGUAAUGGCAGAUGCUUAGUAUUAGGUUGUAGGCCUACUAGGUAAGCUUAACUUAACUGAUAUGGCAUUGUGUUGUCUGGAAAGCUGACUUAUGACAUCUAUAAAAUAAUUGCAACAAACUUUGUAUGAUAUAUUAUCAUACAUAACUGCCCAAAGUGUUUGAGGGGAAAGAAAGAGAAGAGUGAAGGAAAAUAUUAUAGAAAGUAGAAAGUUUCAUAGGGAGCAUAUCUAACUUUGACCAAAGGCAGCAUGGCAUUUCACCCUGUCAGUUGUGUUUUUUUGUUUUUUUUAAACCAUAGGCAAAAAAUGACAAUUCUGAAGACCCUAUAGGAAUGCCUAGGACAUUGAGUGACUUGUAUAGCCUAGGCCUAAGGGUUUUAAACUCAACUCCUUCCAACAUAUUCUUACAGCUUUUUUAAACAUGUUAAACCCCCUCCAUUAUCUUAUUUUUAACAUCUUAUUUAUGAUCCGUAACGUGGUACGUGGCCUAUGGUUGUGGUCGCCUAUCCGUUUUGCUUUUGACGGUAGGCCUACCUGCGAGAGCGACAGCUGUGGAAGGAGGAGCUGGCAAGCGUAUGGAACAGCGUGCGUCUGGCUAUUUCACAAAAAAAUAGGCUACGUCGCACAGAUUACUUUGUAAAUCCAUGCCUAGUGUUCCUAAUUCCACCCAAAUGAAACUACAUAACAUGAUGUAGGCUACAUGUUAGAAGUAUAGCCAGAGACUUUUUAUGAAGAGCUUCGUGCUGUCAUGUUUCUCAGUCGAGGGUCAGUGCAUUCAUGUGCAGCCAAAAGCAUUCUUAUUCCCAUUUGUAAAUAACCCUCUUUUGGGGGAAAAGCACGAAUGAGAAACGCAAAGACAAGCAUUGAGACUAUUAUUUGUGCACGUAGGACGUGCUGAAACAAGACUACCUUUUAAAAACGUUGGUGAUGGUCCGACCAUUUGAAUCAUGAAUGCGUUUGCAUCCGCGCGUCGCUUGCAUUGUAGUGAUCGAGUGGCGUGAGUGACUGAUAUAAACACACUGACCUUUCCAUUCGGUUUUCAAUCUAAAUCCAGGGAGUGAUAUUGCGCGAUUCACAACAUGAAAACAGUCGAUCUUUCCUUUGUAUUUAUUAAGGGUUCAUAAAACAUUCGCCAAUUACUCCAAACUUCCCACUAUCUGGCUGCUGCCGCAUUCUUCUCACAUUUUCGCAAUUUCAAUGAGCAGCAUAGUUGCAAUACCUACUCUGGCCACAAUCCUGCACAGUGCACCUUUAACAGUUCACCCUCAAAGCCAGUUGGAUGAGUUUUGUGAACACUCUUACCAAAUAUGAAUCAUUUUUCAUAUUUGCUUUUAGACACAUUGAACACGAGUGUACCGUAUACCUCAAGAUGUGACCUUAUAUGCCUCUCGAUCGCUUUCCCAUGUGCCUGCGGUGUCUGAUUGAGAUACUGCUCUUGGCUGGUGUGCACAUAUUCAUGUCAGCCUGAUGGCCACAGAAGUAAUUUAAGCACUAUGUGUUUCAUACAGUAUGAUUAUGAGCAACUAUUGGACACUGAUACAGUUUAUAAUAUUACUUGUGUAACGCUCAACAAAUGUCUCAUAAAUGCAAUAAAGUUUAAUUUGUAUCAUACAAUGGACUU